AUGGCCGCGAAGCGUCCACGCGCUGCAUUUGAGGCCGAUCAGGCCGGACAGGCUGGACAAGCUCCCUAUGCCUUCUACGGGACGCCCUUACCCCCGCUGGAGGCCGGCGGACGGGAUGAUGGCUCGUACAUGCCAGUAUGGAAGCAAGAGGUGACGGAUGAGCGGGGGCGAAAACGGCUUCAUGGCGCCUUUACCGGUGGCUUCAGUGCUGGCUACUUCAACACCGUCGGCUCCAAGGAAGGUUGGACUCCCGCGACCUUUGUCUCGUCCCGCCAGAACCGCGCCCGCGAUGCGAAACAGACUACACAGCAACGACCGGAGGAUUUCAUGGACGAGGAAGACCUGCGGGAACAGGAGGAAUCGCGACAACUACAAACAACGGAAGGCUUCGCCGGGUUCGGACUGACAGAUGCCGAUGCGACGCGGAGAGCAGGCCUCAUUGACCUGCUCAAGACUAGUGGAGAGACCAUGGGAGUGAAAUUGCUGAAGCGGAUGGGCUGGCGCGAGGGCCAGGGCAUUGGUCCCAAAGUCCGGCGCACAGCCAAUUUGGACGAGAGGACAGCUGCCAAAGGUGAUGGUGCAGAGCAGACAUAUCUGUUCGCGCCUGAAAAUCCGCCAAUGGUCUCUUUCAUACGCAAAACAGACUUUAAAGGACUGGGGUUUGAGGGCGAGACCCGUCUGGAAGCGCCAGACACCACACGCGACGAACAGCAGGAGGACUCAGACUCCUUCUUUGGGGAUCGCCUGGCGAUGGACAAGAAAUCCAAGUCCAAGGCAAAGGCGAAGGACCCGCGCCGUGGCGGAUUUGGAGUCGGCAUCCUCAAUGAUACUGGAUCAGAUGAUGAAGACCCUUACUCCCUCGGGCCACAAAUAGCCUACAACAAAACCAUCGGCGGCGACAAGAAAAAGAAGAAAAAGGCCGGCAUGCCGACGAUCGCAUCUGCCAACCCUCUACUAGACACAAAGCCUGUCUUCAUCUCGAAAAAGGUCGCGGCGGCCCGCACGACGGGAGGUUUCAGGAAAUGCCGUGACGGGCGACUGCCGCUAGACGGGUUCGUUUUGGCCGAUAGCUUGUCAGGUCUGUCAAUCUCGGACAAGAAGUACGAGCCUCCUCGAAUCCCAGAGGGGUGGAAGUCCACAAAACAAGCUACAUCAACGGAGCGAGACGCAUCGACCUACACCUCCACGGCGGAUGCCGCCAAAGCAUCCUCCCUGGACCCUACGAAGCGAGCAGCAGCUCUGGGAGAAGCCCAACUUCCAGGGAAAUCCGUCUUUGAUUGGAUGACCCCCGAAGCUCGUGAGCGCAUUGCGAAGCUCACUGGAAACACCAACCUCCCUCCGGCUCUAGGUGAAAAGGCUCCAAAGGGCUUCGAGACCUCUGAUGCUCAAAAACGAAAAGAUCUUUGGGACCUGGUCCCUAAAUUAGACAAGCAGACUGCCGUCCAGGCCUUGACUCGCGCCGUCAGCGGAUGGAUGCCCUAUGCAGAGGACGAGAAGAAACGGGCCCGCUACCGGACGUUCCUCGAAGUAAGAGCGGAAGUGCGCGACUCUCUUCCAGACCGUGUUCCCGGUUCCAGUACCGAUGAAUGGGUAAACGAGAUGCAAGAGUUUGCGCGGGCCGCCGAAGUCUUUAAACCUAUGAGCGGGAUCAUGGCGUCGCGAUUCACCUCGGCCUCCUCGGGGCCCAAGGUUGCCUCCGAUGCGCCUGAUCAUCCUAGCGAUUCUCCUCUUAGUCGACCCACUGGGAAACCAGAUUCGCCGGCUGUGGCGGCUGCCAAGAUUGGCAUGUUCGGGCAAAUGACCCGCAGCUCGAUCUCGUUCUAUCCUUCUCGUUUGCUAUGCAAGCGCUUCAAUGUUAAACCCCCAGGUCAUGUCCAGCUUGAUCCUGGAGAACACCCUGGUGGCUCGGACAGCGGGCCUGGAACACGCUUCCAAUCAGGCGGUUACCAGACCGACGCUGCUGCCGCACGCAAGGAGCUCGUAUCACAGGAGGUGAUGAACAUGAUCUUGAUGGAAUCUGGUCGUCAGCCACAGCCUCCAGUUGGGUCCAGCUUGCAGCCUGCAGCGGAGGCGCCCGUUCGAGUCGUUGAGCCUGAACGAAAUGAAGCUCUCGAGAGUGAGCGACCGGGCGAUGCGGUGUUCAAAGCCAUCUUUGGCAGUGAUGGUGAAGACGAAGAUUAA